AGACAUUUCUGACGACACAGUUGAGUUAGCGCUUGUGAGGCAAACAUGGCUGCUAAAGGAGGCAAACAGAGUCGUUCGGGCUCUGGCCUUUCGGGUAGAAAAGGUGCUGGGGAGCAGGAAGAAGAGGAGCAGCCUCUGCAAGCUGUGCUGGUGGCUGACAGCUUCAACCGGAGGUUUUUCCCGGUGACCAAAGACCAGCCGCGGGCGCUGCUGCCUCUGGGUAACGUUGCCAUGAUCGACUACACCCUGGAGUUCCUCACGUCCACCGGGGUGCAGGAGACAUUUGUCUUCUGCUGCUGGAUGUCCAGUAAAAUAAAGGAACACCUGCAGAAGUCCAAGUGGUGUCGACCCACCUCUCCAAACACAGUCCACAUCAUCACCUCAGAAAUGUACCGCUCCUUAGGGGAUGUGCUCAGGGAUGUCGACGCAAAGUCUCUUGUGCGCUCGGACUUUGUGUUGGUUUACGGAGACGUUGUGUCCAAUAUUGACAUCAGUCAGGCAGUGCAGGAGCACAGGCAUCGUCGAAAGGUGGAGAAGAACAUCUCCGUGAUGACGAUGAUCUUCAAGGAAUCGUCGCCGGGUCACAGGUCCCGCUGUGAGGAGGAUGAUGUUAUCGUUGCUAUGGACGGCAAGAGCCAGAGGAUUUUACAUUACCAGAAAACACAAGGGCUGAAGAGGCUACAGUUCCCCAUGAACAUUUUCCACAGCGGAAGUGAUGAGUUUGAAAUCAGACACGAUCUCCUGGACAGUCAUAUCAGUAUCUGCUCCCCGCAGGUUGCUGAGCUCUUCACUGACAAUUUUGACUAUCAAACCAGGAAUGACUUUGUCAGAGGGAUGUUGGUCAAUGAAGAGAUUCUGGGGAACCAGAUACACAUGCAUGUCACCAAGGAUGGCUACGGUGUCCGAGUGUCCAACCUCCUCAUGUAUGAUUCAGUGUCGUCGGACAUUGUGCGGCGGUGGGUCUACCCCCUCACUCCCGAGGCUAACUUUGUGGACCAGGAGGGACGGAGCUGCACGUAUUCUCGGCAUAACGUCUACAGAGGGUCCGGAGUGAGCCUGGGCCACGGCAGCCAGAUGGAGGAGAACGUUCUCAUUGGCUGCGACACUAGCAUUGGCGCUAACUGUAAUAUUUCUAACAGUGUCAUCGGUAACAACUGCACCAUCGGUGACAAUGUAAACUUGGACCAUGCCUACAUCUGGAAUAAUGUUCACAUUGCCAGCAACGUGGUGAUCAGCCAGUCUGUGGUCUGCGACAAGGCUGAGGUCAAAGAAGGCGUGACGCUGAAUAAGCAGUGUGUCCUGGCGUAUAAUGUGGUGAUUGGACCAAACGUCUCUCUUCCCGAGGGAACUGUAGUGUCCAUGCACCACCCAGAUGAGGAGGAGGAGGAGGACGAUGAUGAAUUCUUGAGUGACGAUGCAGAGGUUGGUCAGAGUAAAGACAAAAUCAAACUGAAAGUAUUCAACCCAGCAGAGGUUGGAGCAGAGGGAAAGGGGUACAUGUGGAAGGCCAGCAGUCUGGAUGACACAGAGGAUGAAGAGCUGUCACAGUGUCUCUGGGGUUUGGUGUUGAACCCUGACCCUGAGAGUGAAAGUGAGGACAGCGAGCCUGAUGGUCCUGAUGAUCCAGUGAUCCCCUCGCCUGAGAUGGACGAUGUCAAAGUGUUCCAUAUGGAGGUGCUGGGGACUCUGCAGAGAGGUUUGGAGGAAAACAUCAGCUGUGACAAUCUUGUACUUGAGAUCAACUCUCUUAAGUACGCUUAUAAUAUCACUCUGAAGGAGGUGAUGCAGAUUUUAACCAGAGUGGUGCUGGAGUACCCUUUCCAGCAGCAGGGCCCACAGCUCACCGCGUCACAAUACGUUGCUCUGCUCCUACCUUUACUGAAGAAAUGGGCACCUGUGUUUAAGAACUACGUGAAGCGAGCACAGGACCAUCUGGACUGCCUGUCUGCCUUUGAGGAGCACUUCCUAGAGCAGGAGAGUCACUGGCCUGCUAUGGUCAAGGUCCUGAUGAACAUGUACCAGCUGGAGAUCUUAGAGGAGGAGAUCAUACUGCGCUGGUUCUCCCAGGGAGCCACUACAGACAAGAGCAGACAACUCCGCAAGAACCAGGGGCUUCAGAAGUUCAUCCAGUGGUUGGAGGAGGCCGAGGAGUCUUCAGAGGAGGAAGGGGAAUAAAGAGGAGCACUUAAAAGGACAAAGAUGACUCUGAAACUUGAAAACUGUUGUGUGAAUAAAGGGAUUCAAGCAGUUGGCAGCCUGUGCAGCAGCUUUCUCCCUCUUAUAUCCAUCAGGAUCUUCUCUGUACAGCUCACACUGACACAUUUUAUCACACAGUUCAGUGUCAUGUAAGGGCUGUGUGCUCUGAAUGUCAAUAUCCAAAUAAAGAAGAAAAGACCUACUGACCACUUGGAAAUAUGUAGAACUAUCAUCUGUCUCUUUAACGUCAACAACACGAAAUGACUCACUCAAGUUAAAACUGUUGAGGUUUUUAAUAAGACUGAACCCAUCACCUUUAAAACAAAUUGCGUACAACAGUGUUCGUUUCCCUUUUCCCUACAAGCUGAAACAAUAGAGUAAAAACAUAAAGGUGGUAGAGGUAGAAGAUUAUCUGCUAAUUUUAUACUGUAUAAAUCAUCUUAAACUGGAAUUCCAUCCGGACGGGUCAUGAUGACCAGAAACUUGACAACACAUAACUGAUUAUAUCCUAAAUGACAAAAAUACAAGUUCAUUAGAAAAAUAAAAUGUUCCCUUUUAAAAAGUAUAAUCAACCUCAUAAAGUCAAAUAUACUGCAUUUAAUGCAUGAUCCUCAGGUGUUUCAUCACUUGUCACACAAUAUGAAUCAAUAAUAACAAUCAUGAUAACGUGUAAUAACGGUGCAGUGAUAGGUAAGCUGUGUGGCGUUUGCAUGUUCUUUCCAAAGACAUGCGCUGAAUAACUGGUAGGCGUGAAUGUGAGUGUGAACGCCCUGUGAUGAACUGGCAACUUGUCCAGUGUGUAUCCUGCCUCUCACCCUAAGUCAGCUGGGAUAGGCUCCAGCCCCACCGUGGCCCUAAAGAGGAUAAGUGGUUACAGAUAACGGAUGGAUGGAUGGAUGAUAAUAACAAUGUCCCUGUGACUGCAGAAGAAACUCAUGAUGGCUUUUAGGCUGAAACAGUUGGAUGUCUGUACACUGUAAGAUCUAUGAGGAGUGUCUAAACACUGUUUAGACAGAAAGGCUCUGUUAACUCUGGAUAAAACACAAAAUAU